AGAUGCAAGUUUUGAACCGCACUAYGGWACGUACGUACGUACACGUAGUCGUACGAGUAUCAUGAUCAAAAUAAUGAUCACUGAGUUUGAAAUUCGACGGUCAUUUUUUUCGCGCCAACACGAGAGGCUCUCAUCACUCACAAAACAUUCUUKUAAGACAGAUUGGUUUCACACGGGCAGCAGCUCCUUCUCGUGCCCCUACCAUUACCGUAGGAUACAACAAUCCACAACAAGCACCAUUCACGAUGAAAGAGACAGGAGAGUCAUCUUCUUCGGACAACGUCGCUAUUAACGAUACCGAUGCCGCAGCUGCAGCCGACGCUCCCGGCACAAGUAAAGACACCGUGGCUGGCUCUGCCGUCACCGACGGCGAGGAAGCGAUCUCCAAAGAGGACCUCAUCGAGCUGAUCCGCGCCGUCAAGUUCAAGAACACCGACUUUUCCCAGCGGCAGGUAUACAACGAAAUCGUGACAGAAAUCCCAGUUCGGUUCCCGCAAUACGCCGCGUCACUCCACCCUGACCGUCUCUGUCUCAACGAUGUCAAAAAGGCGUGGAAAAAAGCCAUUCUUCAGCAACAGCAACCAUCCUCGUUGAAUUCUGGUGCAAACGCAAACACAAACGCCGAUCUGGCCGAGCGAUUAAGGAAGAUGACUACGAACCCACAGCUAUAUACRAUUGGCUUGGAAAACAGCAACAACGAACAAAACAACAACGCCGCGGCGGCCCGAGCCUACGUUACCAGCUUCCUCGAAGAAACGCACGCCAAGAAUAGCUCCAGGGAGCGCGAACUCUUGGAGGACUACGUUCAUGUUUUUUUGAACGUUCCCGCGGACAGUUCGAUCGCCAAGAAACCCCACCAGGCACUCAUCAAUUUCCAGGCCCCACCUGGAAGCAACGUGGCCAAACCAGCCUCGAAAAAGGGCAACAAAAAAAAGAAGGGCGGCAAGAAAAAGGUUCCUGCCGCUGCCACGCCCCAACCAUCGGCAGUCACUCUCGAAAACGCGCCCUUUGAUGACGCCCUAGUCGUCAAGAUCCAAAUGGCGGCCCCCCUUGACGCCAGCGAUUCCAUGAAGCACCCCAUGCUGCUGUACGACAAAACCCGGGCCUACAAAACCUUUGUCCAUCCCGAGGGUGCCCUGACGGGGACGUCAAACACAGCAGUGGAAAAUGCCAAAAACAAGCACAGCGAGAACGACGAUGGCUACUCGAGGCUGGCUCGCUGGAUUCGGACGAAGGGGAUUGGGGGCGCCCUGGGCAGUGCGGGGGGCACCAAGGCCUAUUUUUACGCGAGGCUUGCGACGACGGCGAAAGCGAAGCAACACAACCAAAUACUGAGCAUCUAUGUGAAAACGCUGGCGCCGUCGGAAGGCCAGGACUUCUAGUGUCMCUCUGUGCAACUAGAGAAGACGCAAUUCACCCCAAAUGUCAAACAGUACUGAUUUCCGUUUGGUUGCGAUCCAAACCAAACCGAACCGUAGCAUGGCUAUCAGAAGGAGAGCAUGAAUCGAGAUCAAAAAUUUCAACUUAAGAGCAAAUAUAGGCGAGGCAGGAUU